AUGAAGGCCACCACAGAACAAGCCAUGGACAUUGAUAUCUCUGCCUCUGCCACAACCCUAUCGUUCUCCAAAAACGAAGAAAAAAGCCAACUCAACAUUCCCUUGCUCCUCCAACCAUCUCUUGCGAAAUCAAAAUCUAACAACACUGUUGACGAACUUGGAAACUUUCGCAUGAGCCUUCAAUGGUGUGCUCUCGAACACACUUCUUGCGUUGGAAAACUCACUUCCUACGUUUUCUUCCUAUUCCUCACCAUCGCUGUCCCUCUCUUCUCCUUCCUCUUCGUUCGUGUCCCUGCCUCAGCUUCUCAACUCCAACCGUUCUCCCUCAUCAAGCUUCUCCAAUUACCAGAAUCAGGCCUCGCCAUUAUCGCCUUCUUCACUCUCUCCCGUUUCUUCCGAAGGUAUGGCCUUAGGCAGCUUCUGUUCUUGGAUGUGUUACAGGAGGACUCGAUGUAUGUUCAACGUGGGUACACACGUGAGCUUCAGAAAGCUUUCAGAUACUUAGCAUUCAUAAUGUUGCCCUCUUUCUUUGUGGAACUUGGGCACAAAAUCCUACUUUUUUUGAGGGUGGAAAUUUCAGUUCCUUAUAUCACCCCCGGGUUCACACUGAACUCAAUUGUGUUUGUUUUGGUAUUGGUUUCCUGGGUUUACAGAACGGGCGUGUUCUUGUUGGUGUGUGUUCUUUUUAGGCUAACCUGCGAGCUUCAGAUUCUGAGGUUUGAAGGGCUGCAUAAGCUGUUUGAAGGGUGUGGAUCUAAUGCAAGUAUGAUAUUCAGAGAGCACGUGAGGAUUAGGAGACAGUUAUGGGUCACAAGUCAUAGAUACAGGUUCUUUAUAAUUGGCUGCUUGGUCACAAUCACUGUUAGUCAAUUGGGUUCUCUGUUACUGGUUUUGGAAUCAAAAUCUGACACCACCUUCUUCAAUUCUGGUGACCUUAUGAUUUGUUCAGCUGUGCAGUUGAGUGGCUUCUUCUUGUGCCUUAUGGGUGCGGCGAGAAUCACCCACAGAGCUCAAGGGAUAGUGUCAAUUGCCACAAGGUGGCACAUGUUGGUGACCAAUGCAUCUGCUGCAUCAGAGCAGUGGAAAUCCCAAAUGCAAGAGGGGCUAGCCAGUGGCAGUGAUUCUGAUUCCUCAGACAUACGCAUAUCAGUAACCCCACAAACACCUUCUUCUUUCCAAACUAGGCAAGCUUUGGUGACGUAUUUGCAGCACAAUUAUGGAGGGAUAACACUGUUUGGGUUUCUGCUUGAUAGAGGGUUGCUCCACACUCUGUUUGCCUUCGAGUUCUCCCUGGUGCUUUGGAUUCUGAGCAUGGUGGCUAUCUAG